AUGAGAAUUUUAAAAAACCGUCCUUUAUUAAAUAUAUUAAAUUCAUAUUUAAUAGAUUCACCUCAACCAUCUAAUAUUAGUUAUUUAUGAAAUUUUGGUUCAUUAUUAGGUUUAUGUUUAGGUAUACAAAUAGUUACAGGUGUAACUUUAGCUAUGCAUUAUACACCUAAUGUAUUAGAAGCUUUUGAUUCGAUAGAACAUAUUAUGCGUGAUGUAAAUAAUGGAUGAUUAAUAAGAUAUCUACAUUCAAAUACAGCUUCAGCUUUUUUUUUUUUAGUUUAUCUACAUAUAGGUAGAGGUUUAUAUUAUGGAUCAUAUAAAUCUCCAAGAACAUUAACAUGAAGUAUUGGUACUAUUAUGUUAUAUGUUUUACCUUAUGGUCAAAUGAGUUUAUGAGGUGCAACAGUUAUUACUAAUUUAAUGAGUGCUAUACCUUGAGUAGGUCAAGACAUAGUUGAAUUUUUAUGAGGUGGUUUUUCUGUAAAUAACGCUACAUUAAAUAGAUUUUUUUCUUUACAUUUUGUUUUACCUUUUGUUUUAGCUGCUUUAGCUUUAAUGCAUUUAAUAGCAUUUCAUGAUACUGUUGGUUCUGGAAAUCCUUUAGGUAUUUCCGGUAAUUACGAUAGAUUGCCUUUUUCUCCUUAUUUUAUAUUUAAAGAUUUAAUAACUAUUUUUAUUUUUAUGUUUAUUUUAUCUGGAUUUGUUUUUUUCAUGCCUAAUUUUUUAGGUGAUAGUGAAAAUUAUGUUAUGGCUAAUCCUAUGCAAACUCCACCUGCUAUAGUACCAGAGUGAUAUCUUUUACCUUUUUAUGCUAUAUUAAGAUCUAUACCUAAUAAAUUAUUAGGUGUUAUAGCUAUGUUUAGUGCUAUUUUAAUUUUAUUAAUUAUGCCUAUUACUGAUAUAUCUAAAUUAAGAGGUAUACAAUUUAGACCUUUAAGUAAAUUAGCUUUUUAUAUUUUUGUUGCUAAUUUUUUAAUUUUAAUGAUAUUAGGAGCUAAACAUGUAGAAGCACCUUUUAUAGAAUUAGGUCAAAUUAGUACGAUUUUAUAUUUUUCUCACUAUUUAAUAAUAGUACCUUUGGUAAGCUUAAUAGAAAAUAGUUUAACAGAUUUAGUGAUCAAGAAAAAUUAA